AUGCUGCACGAGGACGACAGCGAGCUGGAUGACACACAUCUCUGCAUUAAGUGUGGCAGCACUGUGGUGGGAAUUGAAAAUUACAUUAAACACCGCAAGGUAAGCUGCACCGGUAGUACCGGUGGCCAACCCAAGCCCGCGGACGAUGAAGCUCCCGGUGGGGGAAGUGGUACCGUUCCCGGUGGUGGCGACGAGCCGAUUGGCAACACCGAUCAGCCAACGGUGGAACUACGCGCCGUCAGUACGCCAUCGAGCAGCGGACCGACGUCGGCAUCCUUUGGGACGCCGUUUGACUUUGGCGAACCAAUCAAGGAACCGGAGCGGCACAAGAAAGUGCCGAGCUAUGAGUAUCACAACUACGAGCUGGAUGUGACCCCGGCUCAUCAUGACGAUCACCACAGGUCGGACGGUGCCAAAGCGCCCGACUUCAAGAACGAGGAAAACUUCGACUACGACCUCGGAGCGGAUAUGUUUUUUUGGUCGCUCGAGCUGCAGAGCAUCAUCAAGCAGAAGGCGGGAGGAAGUGUGGGACCAACGGCGACGGCCACGAUGGCAGGGACUGGACCGAGCCCGGGUGGAAGUACGAGCGGAGUUGCUGGUUGCAGUCCUGCGUCAAAGAUAGCACCGCAGCACAAGUCAAAAGCGAAGCCAAAGCUCCUUGUGAUUCCUCCACCUCACGCCGAACCGGAUCAGCAGCAUCAGCAUCAGCAUCAGCAGCAACAGCAACAUCAUCAUCAGCUACCGGACGACUGGCUGGCGACACCGAACGAGUCCGAUAAGCUUAUGAAAGCUGUCAGCGAUAUCAGCGGGCACAAAAAGGUGGAGCUGUAUCCGAUAUUCCACCAGGAGUCGCCCGACCCAUCGGAUGACGACAGUGAACCGGCGGGUCCGGUAGACGAAGACGAGUACGAUGCACCACCCCGCACGCACACCGGUGGCAAGUGGAAGCCAGAGAAUCGACCCUCACCGAAUGCGUUGCAACGUUCGACCCAAUGGCGCCACUGGACACCGCCGGAACCGGUCGAGAAAUCGCUCGACGCGAGAGAAGAGGACGAACUGGACAGCUUCAAGAGUUUCUCGCCACCUCCGGGACACACCCGGGGCAAGUGGGUGCCCGGGUCGAAGAUCACACGGCUCGAGUACAAACCCGUCCACGAGCCGAUGGCCCGGAGUAGCUACGAGGACAGCUUCUGGUGCAGCAUAUGCAAUCGACGGCUGGCGUCGCGAUUUGUGUACGUGCGACAUCUCAAGUCGAACCUCCAUCUCAAGCGGGCCCAGGAGGAAAGCGAACUCGAACGUGCCGUGCGGCCACUGUACGCGAACGAGCUUUCCGGCCGGGUGGCGAAACCGGAACCCUCUGGGAGUUCCUCGGGUCGUGUGGAAGAACCCGCUUCAGAGGUUUGCCCACCGACCGAAUCACCGGGUAAGGGGAAAAGGAAGCGUAAGUGCUACUACACGAAGUGCACGGUUUGUAAGACGCGACUUCCGACGCACCUGCUCGGGAAGCACCUGAUCUCCCGGUACCACUACCGCCGGAUGCUAAACCACCCGGCUCAGUGUUUCGAUGUCGUGCUCCGGAACAUGCACCGCAUCGUGCUGGAAUCUCCAUUCCAGUGUGCGCCUUGUAAAUUUUACGCCAACAGUGAGCCGCACUUCAUGGCUCACUGGAACUCGACCGAACACGAGGCCCGUGUGGCGUCCCCGAAUGGGAAGUUCUGGUGUAGCUUCUGUAAGUUCGAGUGCGAGAGCAACUUCCAGAUGACGGAGCAUCUGCGUGGAGCGAACCACCGUGAGGUGAUCGCCGUGAUCAACCGCUCGGUGCCGAUCAUCAUACGCAAGAUCACGCGCAUCCGGUGCGACUUCUGCGAGGAAGAGUUUCGCUACAAUGCGGAACUGCGUCGCCAUCAGCGUCACUGCACCGAGGCCAGCUUGGAAGCGAUCGAAGAGGUGCGCACCCGGGUUCAAAACACGUUCCUCUGUGAGCUUUGUAACUCAACCUUUCCCAACCGAAUCCGACUGCUCCAGCAUGGACAGAAGCUGCACCGACUGGCGCACUAUUACUGUUCCAUUUGUGAGUGCUCGUUUGAGACGGCUCAGGAAUCGGCCAGGCAUCGGCGAACCUCGCGUCAUAAGGUUUUGUCCGCCAGGAGAAGGAAGAAGACGAGUUUGGUGCGGAAAAGUUGUCCCGUCUGUAAGGAGGAGCUGGCGGACGUGCUCGAACUGAAGCAGCAUAUCGCCAACUGUCAUCCAGAAGUGAAAUAUAGCUGUCCCCGGUGCGGCGAGUGUUUCGUCCUGGCGCAGGAACUGGGCAGACACGUACGUGACAAAAAUUGUACAUUUUUCAACCCCUCCCCAUCGGUGGACGGACAGGAGACACCGUCAACGUCGCUACCGGGGCCACUCGUAGCGAUGGAUUCGGGUGGCCCGGUUUCGCCGGGUCCGUCUGCGACUCAUCAGCGUCCACUUCUGGCCGUGGGCUCGUCGCAAACUUCACCGUCGUCGUCGUCGUCGUCGUCAUCAGCAACCCGGGCGCAUCUUCCGGGCACAAAUUCAAUUAUCUCGAAUGAUUCAAUUAAAGUAAAUAUGAAUGAUCGUAAACUAGGCAAGGAGGCACAGCUGUAUUCGGCCACCGGCGUGGUACGGUCCGCGUCGGAUCCGGACCAGGGGUCGAUUGCGGUAUCCGCAUCGGCCCGAGGUGACAACGCGUCCGUACCGGGAGUGCUCCGGCAGGGCACAGCUGAUGGGCCGGCGAAAGUUGAUAUGAUGGAAAAUUACUCACCCAGCCCACCGGCACCCAGCGCACUUCCGCCGUCCACCGUGCCACCGUAUGGAAUUAAAUUGGACUCAUCUGCGCCGGCCCCCGCCACCCCCGGCCGCAUCAGCCCCCCAGGGUGCGAAUCAUCGACGGCGGUAUCAAGUUCGGAUUGCGAUAAUAUUGUCGCCGUGCGCUCCGACCCGCAGGCGUCAGCAGAAAUCUUUUUCGCACUGGCUAAUAAUGCGUCCGAGAAUAAUACUGUUUACGUUGAUGAAAUUGUUGGCACCAUCGGCGAGGACGGUUCGGUCGUUUGCUGGCAGUGUAAAAUAUGCCCAUUCAGCACGUCAUCGAAGGCCGAAUUUCUGUUUCACGAAAUUUUGCACUCAUCAAAGUUGGAUGACAAAGCAAAGUCGUCCCAAUCGGGCCCUCCGGACGAAGCUGGCCGCCCCCGGCCGAACCGCCCGCGCCCAAAGCUCACUUGCCCCCUGUGCGGGAAAGCGUUCUCGAAGGCGUCCCUCCGUUGCCACCUGCGCCAGCACACCGACGAGCGGCUCUUCCCCUGCCCGCUCUGCCCGAUGGCUUUCACGCGGAAGGCCAAUCUCAAAAAUCACACCGAUAACAUUCACCACCAGCGGAAACCGGCAGCGAGUGCGACGGUGACGAGCGGCGGGGAGGCAGAGGGGGAGCUCCACAUUCCAGCACCGCAGGAGGGAUCCGUUUGUACCACUUGCGGGAAAACGUUCGCCAAUCGCCACAUCAUGCAGCUACACAGCCAGGUCCAUCUCGAGCAGCGGCUCAUCAAAUCGUUCGCCUGCCAGUACGAGGGCUGCCACUACCAGGCCCAGUCCGCCGCCGACGCCCGCCGCCACCUGCCGUCGCAUUCGGACGAGCGAAACUUUGCCUGCAGCGAGGACGGCUGCGACUACCGGGGGAAAUCGUUGGCCCAGUUGCGAAGACAUGCCCUCCGACACGAAGACGUGGGGAAGAAGUAUAAAUGCGAUCAGUGCGAUUUUGCCACGCGCAUUCCCGGACACCUUCGGCGUCAUCUUCUGGUGCAUUCCGGAAGCAAACCCUACGCGUGUCCGCACUGUGAUUAUUCAUGCAACAACAUUGAAAAUCUACGCAAACAUGUAAUCUCUACGUCGAAGCACAAAGGGAAGUUCCUGUAUGAGUGUAAAUUAUGCCAGCAACCAGAAAUUGAUCGGAUAUUUGGGACUAAUUUCCAAAAGGAAUUCAAAGCACAUCUGCAGGAAAUUCACAAACUUGCGGCGGAGGAAGCGGCCGAAGCAUGUAAACUCUAAUGCGCUUGAUGGUGCUCGGUUAUGCUGGAAGCAGCAUAAUUCUCGUUCGCCCUCUGGUGUUCAUUCCAGCAGCUAUUUCCAAUGUUUAAUCUUUAUAGCACAGCAUGUUUUAUGCUACAC